AUGGCGUCGCAGGGCUCGAAUCGAUCAUUUUGCAAUCGACACCGACCAGAUCUACCGCGCCAGAGGCUAGCAGAUGAAGCGUCAAUAGAAGAAACACGGCGUGAACUCAAAGGCCUUCCCCCAAGUAGCCAACAAGCGAUAGACUCUACUUGGAUCUUUUUCUCGAAUGCUUCGGAAAAGGAGCGCAACCUUAUUAUUGAUGGCAUAUUAGCAAAAUGUUGUUUUUCACAAUUAUCACACAUUUCGACAUCUAUCAAGGCGCUUAUCCGGAUAGAUUUCUUCACCGUCUUACCGACGGAGAUAUCAUAUCGUAUUCUUCAGUAUCUCGACGCCACAACUUUGUGUAAAGCCGCCCAGGUCAGUAAGCUUUGGAAAAAAUUAGCUGAUGACGACGUCCUAUGGCAUCGGAUGUGUCAGCAACAUAUCAACAAGAAAUGCACGAGAUGCGGAUGGAGUCUUCCUAUGUUACAGAAGAAACAGCAACGGCCCUUGAAAUGGUCCACUGAGAAUUCAAAUUCAAGCAACUCCAAUCUCGAAGAUUGGGGCGCAUCUCUCGGGGGAGUAGACGAGUUGAAGACGGAAGUAAACGUGUCCUGUGGCCAUGAUGACGCUUCCGCAAACCCUCCUACGAAGAGACGGCGUACGAUAUCUCACCAAGCUAAUACCUCAUACGCCCGGCCAUGGAAGGAGGUUUACAAGGAGAGGCUUAUGGUUGGCCUGAAUUGGAGACAUGGACGGUACAAAACGACGAUAUUUAAAGGCCAUAGCGACAGUGUUAUGUGUCUUCAGAUUCGAGGCAAUUUACUAGUCACAGGGUCUUACGAUGCGUCAAUUAAACUAUGGAACCUGAACUCUGGAACUCUUAUUCGGGCCUUUCUUGGCCAUGCCGCUGGGAUUCGAGCACUGCAAUUUGGUGAUAACAAGAUUAUCAGUGGCAGCCUGGAUCAAACUAUCAAAAUUUGGAACUGGCAAACCGGCCAAUGCGUUCUUACCAUCUCCAAUCACAAUAAUGCUCUUGUUGGACUUGAUCUUGUUGGCAAUAUCCUGGCAUCGGGCUCAAUGGAUCGGACUAUAAAGAUAUGGAAUUUCGAAGAUAAAGAAUCUUUUACGCUCUGUGGUCAUAAAGACGGCGUUAAUUCUGUCCAGUUUGAUACAACCUCGCAUACUCUUAUCUCUGCCUCGGAUGAUUUUACCAUGCGUCUUUGGGAUCUUGAUACACGGCAGUGCAUUAGAGUUUUUGAAGGACACUGCGGACAAGUCCAGCAAGCCUUGUUCUCACCACCAGAGAUAGAGUAUGACCAUUUGCCAGAGCCGGAUGCCUUGGCCAGCAACUUUACUCAAAAAGAUAUGGAGUCAAUCAGAUCAAGUUAUGGCGAGGGGUUCUCUGGUCACCCUGAGCGGCCCUUGCCGCCUCUAUAUGUUAUAAGCGGGAGUCUUGACAAUACGCUUCGUCUUUGGAAUACAGCAUCUGGCGCUUGUGUGAGGGUUGAUUUCGGACAUACUGAAGGUGUGUGGGCUAUUGCAAUGGAUCACCUACGUGUUGUCUCUGGAGCGGGAGACUUUUUGACCAAGGUAUGGGAUGCGGUCACGGGUGAUUGUGUGAGAACCCUGGACGGCCAUACUGGACCAGUAACUUGUCUUGGCCUGACCGACUCGAUAAUAGCCACUGGCAGCGAUGACUGUCAGGUGAUUGUAUAUGACUUCACACCGCAGGAAAUAGCAGGAUCAUGA